AUGAGUAUCCAUGGCCAUGGCAUCACUCUUCUCAGCGGCGCCUUCACGGAUCAUCUUAGCGCCCUUGGCCUUGAUGGCCUUGUCGAGAAGCUGCUUGACCUCCUUGCACCCGUCGACAGCGACAGCAAGCAUACCCUCCAGGCGGCUGACCUGCACUCGACUCUCGCAGUUGAGAACGGCAACACGGUCGGUUUCACCCAGGGUAGCCACUGUAAUGAAAGCGGUGCAUGCGGCAAUGUAGUCGGACAUUGGGAUACCAGCAUCGAUGAGCGCGAGUGUCGCAGCGUUCAGGAGGGCAGCGAGGAGGGAACCGUCGGCGGAAAGAACGUGGAGGGCGAGAGAGAUGCUCGAGUGGGGGAAGAGAUGGGUGUGAGCGACCGAAGCAAACGUCUUUGCGAUUAUAAGCUCAAGCUCUUGGGCUACUCACUUAUCAUUGCGUCCUCGCUUCUUGUGGUCCACAGAGGCGAAGCCAGCCACGACGAUACUGACAUUGAUGGCGGCGUCUUUACCUCCGCCAGCGGUGGCCUGCCCCCGUCGCUGUCCCUGCUGCUGCUGCUGGGCCUCCGAGGGACCGGUCAGGACGCACAUGACUUUGGUGUUGCCCAUCUCGAGGUAGGAAGAGCCAUCGGCAGCGGCCUGGAUGCGGAUUUGGGCGUGCAGGCGACGGAGCUCGUUCCAGCGACGGCCAUCGACGCGCAAGAGCGCAAGUGA